UGUAACUGCUGUGCUUUCGUAUAUCCAUCCAUCUUCAGCCCAACAUAACAAUCGAACAUCUCCUUUUUUUUUUUGUUUCCUUACACCAAAUAUUCAUAAAUUUUCUGUAACCAAAAGUACAAAGAAUGUCAACGCCAAAAAAUGAAGUUGAUUUUGUUACUACAGGAAUGUUUAUUAUAGAUGAAAUCGAAUUUGAUGGGGGAAAGAAAAUUCGCGAUGUUACAGGAGGCGGAGGCAGUUUUGCAUUAAUUGGCGCCCGAAUUUGGAGCUCUACUGCUGAGAGCAAGCGAUUGAGAAUUAUUGUGGACAAGGGUUAUGACUUUCCUGAAAGCGUAAAAGAUGAACUAGACAAUUUGGAAGCAGGAAUCGUGUACCGUGAAACCCCAGAGCGUAAAACCACUUACGGCUAUAACCGUGUACAUAACAGUGGUUUACGACUAUUUGAAUAUCUCUCACCUAAAAAGCCCAUUCGGGCAGAGGAUUUGUUAGAAACUGGAUCGUUUGAUUCCAAAACCAUCCACGUUAUUACGAACCCUAAAAGCUUUAUUGGCAUGAGCGAAGAAAUUGCUAAGUACGGAUCAUUAACAGAUCGACCUAAGGUUAUAUGGGAGCCUACGCCUGAAUCUUGCUUUCCUGAAAAUUGGCCAGUAUGCCAAAAGGCAAUGAAGUACUGUGAUAUCUUUUCUCCUAACGAAGUGGACGCAGCAAAUUUGCUUGGAAUUGAUGUGAAAGUAGCAAAAGAAAAGGCUAUUGAGUGUGUAUAUGCAUUUCAGGAAAUGGAGAUUGGCCGCAACGGACAAGGUUGGGUGGUUUUACGUUGUGGAUCAGCUGGGUGCUUUAUCGCUCCGUCUACAAGUCAGACUUCCCAAGAGCAGGAUGGUGUAGUAGCUCAACGAGAAGCCGUUCAUAUCCCUUGUGUACCGAUGGCUCCAGGAUCCGUGAUAGAUACCACAGGAGCUGGUAACACAUUCUGUGGUGCUCUUAUCUUGGAGUAUUAUAGAACACAAAAUAUCGUUUUAUCUAGCGUCAAAGCUACUGUUGCGGCAUCCUUUACUAUUCAACAGCACGGGCUUCCUAAACUUACCCAUACCGAAAAUGGUAUUGAUCUCUGGAAUGGUGAAUCGGCCUUCCAAAGAUUGAAGCAUUUCUAUGAAUAUUUACAGAACCAUGAAGUUGAGGCUGUCCGUCAAAUCACCAAGCAUGGAUUUUAGUUUCUUCAGCCUUGCCAAAAAAAAAUCAAAUUUUUACGUACAACUAAGAAACAGUCGACAUCAUAUUUUGUUCAGCAAAUAUACACUGAUCAAAGUAGAAACAAUGCUUGUAAGUUUAAUUUUGGCUACUUGUGAGGAAAACGUGUUUUUUUUUUUUUUUUUUUUUUUUUUCUUCUUCUUCGACAACGAAUACAAUUCUAUAACGCUAAAAAUUUUACGACUAC